GCAAGCACAUCCUUACUAACACUAGCACACACUGUGUUGGGUGUAGGUUAGUCGCGCGCAGCUCGCUCCAACCAUGGCAGGCCGAGCUCUCAUUUCCUUCCAGCUCACUGCCACUCUCUUGUUGGCGCUCCUCGCCACGAGCCACGCCGGUGGCAUCGCCAUAUACUGGGGCCAGAACACGGGAGAGGCGACCCUGUCCGCGACGUGCGCGUCCCGCAAGUACGAGUUCGUAAUCCUCGCCUUCGUCUUCCAGUUCGGCCAGGGCCGGGCGCCGAAGCUGGACCUGUCCGGCCACUGCGACGCCUCGUCGGGCGGCUGCGCCGUCCUGAGCAGCGACAUCCGCUCGUGCCAGCGCCGCGGCGUCAAGGUCCUGCUCUCCAUCGGCGGCGGCGCUGGCAACUACGGCCUGUCGUCGCCCGCGGACGCGCGGCUGGUGGCCGCGUACCUCUGGAACAGCUACCUCGGGGGCUCCUCAUCGUCGCGGCCCCUCGGCGAUGCCGUCCUCGACGGCAUCGACUUCGACAUCGAGCUCGGCAGCGCCAAGUUCUGGGACAACCUCGCCAAGGACCUCAAAGACAUGGGCAAGAACGCCGGCACGGCGGUGCUGCUGAGCGCGGCGCCGCAGUGCCCGUUCCCGGACCAGUGGGACGGCGGCGCCAUCAACACGGGUCUGUUCGACUUCGUGUGGGUGCAGUUCUACAACAACCCGGAGUGCCAGUUCAGCUCGGGGCGCAGUGCGUUCCUGGACGCGUGGAAGCAGUGGGAGUCGGUGCCGGCGGGGAAGAUCUUCCUGGGCCUGCCGGCCUCCAAGGACGCGGCGGGCACCGGAUUCGUGCCCGCGGGCCAGCUCACGUCGCAGGUGCUGCCGCUCAUCAAGGGCUCCUCCAAGUACGGCGGCGUCAUGCUCUGGUCCAAGUUCUACGACGACCGCACGGGCUACAGCUCCGCCAUCAAGAGCCACGUCUGAUGGAGCGUGCAUGUAUUGCACGCGUUUAUUUGUAUGUGAGUGUGCACGGUGCUAGUGGUAGAUUAUUUUUGUUUCACCUUGUUCGUGUUCGAUCUUGUUUCGACGUGUUACCCGUAGUUGGGAGACCGUGUGUUCU